AUGAUAUGUGAUAAGGAUGGGCAUGAGAAGUUGGCCCACCGCCAGCCACCAGAUGUGAUAGAGUUGAUCGUCGUGCUGAACGGAGUGACGUCAUGCCUCGACGCCUUAAGCCACGCCCUUUGUGACCCUGGUGACGUCAUAAUCACACCCACUCCCGUGUACGCCCGCAUGUUCACGGACGUCCACGAUCGGGCGGGGGCGGCGGUGUUGCCCCUCGUGCUGCGUCAGGAGGCCGAUUCCUCCGAUGAGAGCUUCCUACUUCGUGCGGAGGAUCUGGAAGCGCGGGUCGAGGCCCUGCAUCAGGAGGGGCGUCGCGUGAGGGCCUUCAUGCUGGUGCAUCCCAACAACCCUCUCGGCGACGUGUACUCGCCCCAGCUCCUCUCCGACCUUAUGGACGUCUGCGCAAGACACGAGAUCCACUUCAUCAGCGACGAAAUCUACGCCCUUUCCAUUUUCACUGACGAAGACGAGCCGUCCUCUCGCCCGCCCUUCCGCAGUGUCCUCAGCCUUCCUCACCCGGAUCCAGAUCGCACUCACGUCUUGUGGGGACUGAGUAAGGAUUUCGGGCUCGCUGGCCUCCGUGUGGGCGUGGUGGUCAGUCGCUGCGCCGAGCUCAUGACCUGCCUGCGCGCCAUCGCCAUCUACAAGUGCACGCCCCAACUCGUGCACCAUGCGGCGGCGGCGCUGCUCUCCGACACAGCCUGGUGCGACGACUUCUACCUCCGACUGAACAGCGAGAGACUCGGCCGUACUACAGGCACGCCCGUGGGCGCCUGGAGGCGAUGGCGCGCCGUGUGA